ACUGCGGCUCCUGCGGCAGCCAGUGAUGCCGCCGCCGCCCGUGCUCUCUUGCCUUCUCGCAGGCAGGCUUCGCCACUCUGCGCUAGGCCCAGCGCUUGGUAGUUGCCAGGGUAACUGCCGCGGCUCCUCCACCUCCCUCCCCGCUCGUCGGCUCUUCGCCGAGGUUUGGCGGUGGCUGGAGCAGUAGCAGUGCCGCAGCUUCUCGCGAGAGCUUGACUGGUAGCAGGCGGAGCAGACAGGCAGGCUUGCUGGGUGAGCUCAUCCCGGGCGCUGGAGAGGGAGAGGGAGCGAGCGGUGGUGGCGGCUCCUGCAGAAGCAACUUUGUUAGCAAAGAAAGACGAGGAUUCAUGUUUCCCUAAACCGAUUGACCAAGUUGAUUAUUUUUCCUACGGGCACAACCGGGAAGCAGUCGCGAUAAACUACUUCCUGGGUGUGUUUCACAGUGAUGCUGACAAAAGGAAUAGUAACUUCAAAAUUAUGCUAGCAAGCUAUUAGAAGAAUCAAUUUUGUGGUUUAAAGCAAGCUUAACUAUUGAAAGGUUGGACUUCAUAGCGAUGCUAAGAUAUUUUGGAUGUGUUGAAAAAGGACUGCUUGUUAAAAUGGAGGAAUUAAGACUUCUAAGAAGUCAGAAGUGACUGAACAGUCGUUCCUGAAAGACCUGCACUUGUACAAUAUUUGCAUUAAAUGAUCACAACUGGAUUAAAUGAUCACAACUGGGAUCUCAUGCAACCUUUGCCUUUUUUGGAGAACCUUCUCCAGAAGAGAAUUAUACAUUUAAAAGGCAGAGAUGGCUGUGCUUUCUUUUGGAGCUUGCUAAGGAUAAACACCUUUUCUAAUAAUGACCAGCUUGAAGCGGUCCCAGACUGAAAGGGCUGUUGCCACUGGAGUAUCAGAUGGAACUCCUAAAGUACAUUCAGAUGACUUUUAUAUGAGACGUUUUAGGUCACAGAAUGGCAGCUUGGGAUCUUCAGUGAUGGCUCCAGUAGGCCCUCCACGCAAUGAAGGGUCUCAUCACCUUACUUCUACUCCUGGAGUUCCUAAAAUGGGAGUUAGGGCAAGGAUUGCUGACUGGCCCCCAAGGAAGGAAAAUGUCAAAGAAAAUAGUAGAUCAAGUCAAGAAAUGGAUACAAGCUGCCUUGAUAGUAUAUCUUCAAAAAGUAGUCCUGGGAGUCAGGGGAGCUCUAUUAACUUGAACACCAGUGACUCUGUCAUGCUAAAGAGUAUCCAAAACACACUUAAAAACAAAACAAGACAAUCUGAAAACCUAGAUUCCAGGUUUCUCACACCCGAUGGCUACCACAGCUCCCCCAGGAAAGCUCUUCGCAGAAUAAGACAGCGUAGUAAUAGUGACAUUACCCUAAGUGAGCUUGAUGUGGAUAGCUUUGAUGAAUGUAUUUCACCCAGUUAUAAAUCUGGACCAUCACUGCACAGAGAGUAUGGCAGCACCUCAUCAAUAGAUAAGCAGGGUACUUCAGGGGAAAGUUUUUUUGACUUACUAAAAGUUUAUAAAGAUGAAAAGUCUGACCAGAGAGUCUCCUCCAGUAGCAAGUUCAGUGAACUCCUUAUAGCUAGUGGAAGUAAAGGUUCAGGGUUUUCAUUGGAUGUGAUAGAUGGACCCAUCACUCAAAGGGAGAACCUCCGACUAUUUAAGGAAAGGGAGAAACCACUGAAGAGGCGUUCAAAAUCAGAAACAGGAGAUUCUUCCAUUUUUCGAAAGCUGCGUAAUGCCAAAGGUGAAGGGGAUCUUGGAAAGUCUUCAGACAUUGAAGACAGCAGAUCAGAAGACAGUGUCAGGCCUUGGACUUGCCCAAAGUGUUUUGCCCAUUAUGAUGUACAGAGUAUAUUAUUUGAUUUAAAUGAAGUGGCUGUUAAUCGACACAAUGUUAUUAAGCGAAGAAAUACAACAACUGGAGCUUCUGCUGCAGCAGUUGCAUCAUUAGGUUCUGGGCCAUUGUCCCAUUCUGCAAGUUUUAAUUCUCCCAUGGGCAGUACAGAAGACCUAAAUUCCAAAGGCAGUCACAAUAUGGACCAUGGAGAUGAUAAGAGCAAUGAUCUUGUGAUGAGCUGUCCUUAUUUUCGUAAUGAGAUUGGUGGGGAAGGAGAAAGAAAGAUCAGCCUCUCCAAAUCUAACUCUGGAUCCUUCAGUAGCUGUGAAAGUGCCUCUUUUGAGUCUACUCUUAGCUCUCAUUGCACAAACGCAGGAGUGGCUGUACUUGAAGUACCCAAGGAAAAUCUGGUGUUACACUUGGACAGAGUCAAAAGAUACAUUGUUGAACACGUGGAUCAUGGUGCAUACUAUUACCGGAAGUUUUUCUACCAGAAAGAACACUGGAACUACUUUGGGGCAGAUGAGAACCUUGGUCCUGUAGCUGUCAGUAUCAGAAGAGAAAAACCUGAAGAAAUCAAGGAAAACGGGUCUCAAUACAACUAUCGCAUCAUUUUCCGAACUAGCGAGCUUACAACCUUAAGAGGUUCUGUCUUGGAAGAUGCAAUACCUUCAACUGCAAAGCACUGCACAGCCAGAGGAUUACCCUUGAAAGAAGUCCUUGAACAUGUGGUUCCUGAACUGAAUAUUCAUUGCCUCCGGUUGGCCUUCAACACUCCUAAAGUCACAGAACAGCUCAUGAAACUUGAUGAACAAGGGCUAAGCUAUCAACUUAAAGUGGGGAUCAUGUACUGCAAAUCUGGACAAAGCACAGAAGAGGAAAUGUACAAUAAUGAAUCAGCAGGCCCAGCCUUUGAAGAGUUCCUUCAGUUACUGGGUGAACGGGUUCGGCUCAAGGGAUUUGAAAAGUACCGUGCUCAGCUAGACACAAAGACUGAUUCAACUGGCACCCACUCUCUGUAUACGACCUACAAAGACUAUGAAAUCAUGUUCCAUGUUUCUACCAUGCUGCCAUACACGCCUAACAACAAGCAACAGCUCUUGAGAAAACGGCAUAUUGGAAACGAUAUUGUGACAAUAGUUUUCCAAGAACCUGGAGCAGAGCCAUUCAGCCCAAAGAAUAUUCGUUCUCACUUUCAGCAUGUCUUUGUCAUUGUUCGAGUGCACAACCCGUGCACUGACAACGUCUGUUACAGUGUUGCUGUGACAAGAUCCAGAGAUGUGCCAUCAUUUGGACCACCAAUCCCUAAGGGCAUCACCUUCCCCAAAUCAAAUGUGUUCAGGGACUUCUUACUAGCUAAAGUGAUCAAUGCUGAGAAUGCAGCUCAUAAAUCUGAGAAGUUCCGUGCCAUGGCCACCAGAACCCGCCAGGAAUACUUGAAAGAUUUAGCAGAAAAAAACGUCACAAAUACACCCAUUGACCCUUCUGGCAAAUUUCCUUUCAUCUCACUUGCCUCCAAAAAGAAAGAGAAGUCCAAGCCUCAUCCAGGAGUAGAACUCCACAGUUCUGGUGCUGUUAUAUGGAAUCUCCGUGCUCAAGAUUAUAGCAAGGGUGUAGAUACGGACUGUCUCUUGGGCAUUUCUAAUGAAUAUGUUGUAAUUGUUGAACAAGAUACAAAGAGUGUUGUUUUCAAUUGUUCCUGUAGAGAUGUAAUAGGGUGGACUUCAACAGACACAAGUGUCAAAAUUUUCUAUGAAAGAGGUGAAUGUGUUUCUGUGGAGAGUUUCAAAAACAACACUGAAGAUAUCAAAGAGAUUAUCAAAAGGCUAGAGCUUGUGACAAAAGGCUGUGAAUCGGUGGAAAUGACUUUACGUCGGAAUGGACUGGGCCAGCUUGGUUUCCAUGUGAACUAUGAAGGAAUCGUGGCAGAUGUUGAACCCUAUGGCUAUGCUUGGCAAGCAGGAUUACGGCAAGGCAGCAGAUUAGUGGAAAUCUGCACUGUAGCUGUAGCUACUCUAAGUCACGAACAAAUGAUUGAUCUCCUGCGGACUUCAGUUACUGUGAAGGUUGUCAUUAUCCCACCUCAUGAGGAUUGUACACCACGAAGAAGCUUUUCAGAAACCCAUCGCAUGCCAGUAGUGGAAUAUAAGAUGAAUGAUGGUGGAGUUCCAUAUGAGUUCAAGUUCCCCUUCAGGAAUAAUAACAAAUGGCAGCGGAAUGCUAACAAGGGUCAGGGGUCGCAUAUGCAACAACUGCCAUCACAGAUGCAAAGUCCAGUUACCUCUAGGGUUGCCUCAGGGAAAGGAGAAGGAAAAAUGCCUCCCCCGGAGCGAGCUGCCAACAUCCCCCGCAGUAUCUCUAGUGAUGGGCGUCCACUGGAGAGCAGAAGAUUAUCACCUGGCUCUGAUGUCUACGUCACCGUUUCAUCCAUUGCCUUAGCAAGAUCACAGCAGUGCCGUAACUCCCCCAGCAACUUGUCCUCCUCUAGUGAAAUCGGCUCCGGUGGGGGCACCUACAGGCAAAAAUCUAUGCCUGAAGGAUUUGGAAUGAGUCGUAGAUCUCCUGCCUCCAUUGACCGACAGAACACUGAUACUAGUGGAAGUGGCAAAUCUACUCCCAGUUGGCAAAGAAGUGAGGAUAGCAUUGCUGACCAGAUGGAACCAACAUGCCAUCUCCCCGCAGUGUCAAAGGUGCUGCCAUCCUUCAGAGAGAGCCCCACUGGAAGACUGAUGAGGCAGGAUCCAGUUGUUCACCUGUCUCCGAAUAAGCAGGGCCAUUCUGAUAGCCACUACUCCAGCCAUUCAAGCAGUAACACACUGUCCAGCAAUGCCUCUAGUGUCCAUAGUGAAGAAAAGUGGUAUGACAGUGGAGACAGGACUGAGUCAGAGCUGAACAGCUACAACUAUCUUCAAGGCACGUCUGCUGACAGUGGCAUCGAUACUACUUCAUAUGGCCCCAGUCACAGUAGCACAGCUUCCCUGGGCAACUCAGCAACAUCUCCUCGAGCAGGACUUAUAAAAGAGAAAGUGGCACCACUAUGGCACAGUUCUAGUGAAGUAGUUUCCAUUGCAGACCGGACUUUAGAAAAAGAGAGCCACAUGAUGGACAGGAAGACAGAAUCUUCAUUAAGUUUGGAUAUUCAUACCAAAAGUCAACCAGCCUCCAACCCUUUAACAAGAGAGAGCAGUGCUUUUAGCCUUAGUGAUGCUGUUUCCCAUGCAAGUACCAUGGGUUCCCGACAUUCUGCCAGCCCUGUUGUUUUCACAAGUGCCAGAAGUUCACCUAAAGAAGAACUUCAUUCUGCCACUUCUCCACAGCUUGCGCCUUCUUUCUCCUCCUCUUCCUCCUCCUCUGGACCUAGGACUUUCUACCCACGCCAGGGUGCUACUAGCAAGUACCUGAUUGGAUGGAAAAAACCUGAAGGGACAAUAAACUCUGUGGGGUUUAUGGAUUCAAGAAAACGUCACCAGAGUGAUGGUAAUGAAAUGACGCAUCCUCGGUUGCGUGCAUCAGCCAGAGAUCUUCGAGCCUCACCAAAGCGAGCAUCUAAGUCAAACAUUGAGGAAGAGUUGAAGAAGCUGAUAGAUCUAGACAGCCCUACACCAGAGUCUCAGAAGAACUUUAAGUCUCCAUUCCCUAGCACUCCCACUUCAAGGCGGGCCUUGCAGAGGACUCUGUCAGAUGAGAGUAUUUACAGCAGUCAAAGGGAACACUUCUUCCCCUCACGAACUUCUCUUCUGGACCAAGCCCUCCCAAACGAUGUCCUUUUCACCAGCACGUAUCCCUCUCUUCCCAAGUCAUUACCUAUACGAAGACCAUCGUACACAUUAGGAAUGAAAUCUUUACAUGGAGAGUUCUCUGCCUCAGACAGCUCCCUCACAGAUAUGCAGGAGCAGAGAAGGCAACCUAUGCCAGACCCAGGUCUCAUGCCCCUGCCUGACUCUGCUUCUGACCUAGACUGGUCAAACUUGGUAGAUGCUGCCAAAGCCUUUGAGGUCCAGCGAGCCUCAUUUUUUGCUACUACUGAUGAAAACCACAGACCUGUCAGUGUUGCUUCCAAUAGUGAUCAAGCUGAAGACCAGCUUUCUGUGCAGUUAAAGCCUUACACUAGUAAAGAGUCUCCUCCUUCUCUUGCUUCUAAAGUGAACCAGCUGGAAGGUAUGCUGAGAAUGCUGCAGGAGGAUUUAAAGAAGGAAAAAGAAGACAAAGCCAAUCUUCAGGCCGAAGUGCAACAUUUGCGGGAAGACAAUUUGCGAUUACAAGAAGAGUCCCAGAAUGCCUCUGAGAAACUGAAGAAAUUCACUGAAUGGGUUUUCAACACAAUUGAUAUGAGCUAAGAACGGCACCCAUGAAACAAAUACAUUGGGGGGGGGGGCAAAAAUCUCUGUAGUGAGACCGCUUUAAUACCACCUUAAAUCAUGACCUUUGAAAGCCCAGUCAGAGCACUUUUACAUAUUUCAUACUCUGAUUACCCAUUUUUUGCAUCUCUGCAAGCACUCAAACUAUUGCAGAUCAACAAUCAUUGUCUGCCUUUUGUAGAAAAAAAAGCAAAAAAAAUAAGUAAUUUUAAAGAAAAUAAAAGUUUAACUGCUAAAAUGUGAAUGUCUUUAUUUUUUUGCACAUUCUCUUUACCUGUUCUGUACAAAAUGACUUGGAGAGUGGACCAGAAUAACUGUCCAUCUGCCUCUAUUUAUUUCUAUUCACUCCUUUGUAUCAGUUUCAGAUUAAUCUGCUUUAUUAUUGCUGCUUUGGCAAAUAUUACAACUUCUAGAAAACUAGAAAGAUGUUUAUUUUACUGCUUCCUUUCUAUUGUUUCUGAAGUAUACCACAGGCAAGAGGAUGUGUGUGAACUAUGUUUUGGGUAUCUCCUUAAUGAUCUGCGCUUGAUUAUCUUGAGUGCUAUCUCCACCUAUGUUAUAUAGAACCAUUACCCAUAGCAUGUGAGUAUGUGUACAGCACAGUCAGUAGAGACUGGAGCCAUGGGUAUGGCAAGUUACUAGACUCCAUUCCUGCACAUCUUUUUGCACUGGUUAUUAUUGUUGCCUUUCUUUUCCUCUGGACACUCACAGGAUUCCAGCAUUUCAAGCACAGCAUUUCAGGCACAGGAACCAGUAUCACAGCUUUGGUAUACUUAAUGGACAUCCUUUCUUAGAUCACUUGAGAUAAUAGAAUUUCACAACAGCUGUUAAGAACUGCCCAUUGCCUGUUCCUGGGACUUGUUGCUCCUACAUUUGUCUGGUAGAUCCCUUUCUGGUGGCAUAAUAUAUUUUAAACUUCUUAAAUAGCAACACCCUAGUUCUAGUGUGCCAGAGAUGGAUGUAGUUACAUAAUCUGCAAGUAUGAUGACACCCUAAGCCUGAUGAAGAAAGGGAGCCAUUGGGCCCUACUAGAAAGCCCCAGCAUCUGAUCACUUGGAGCUAAGGCUCCUCCCUUCUUAGCUCCACAAGGCUCAUAGGAUGCCACAGAAGAAAGCCAGAGGGGUCCUACCCAAUUCCUAUCCCAACCCAACGACAUGACACAAAGAGUCCUUAUGUGGCAUCCCUAAGCCUUGCCUGGGAAAGGACUAGCAAAGAAUAGCCCCCGCAAAUACUGGGUCCAGUAAUAGUGGUUUUGUGAUGGCUGCUGCUGCUGCUCAUUGACUGCCUAAGGCUACAGACCUGCACACAAUGUUCUGCGCUUCAAUAGGACAUAUCCAGGGUAGUGGUUUUGCCCAUGUGUUCUCUCUACUCACCCUUACAUAUCAAAAAGAAAUUAAAGUUGCAAAUCAACAAGGAAAGUUUUAAUUGUUGCUUAAUUUGGCAAGCCUUUGCAUAGGUAAAUUGUUUUUAAUAGUUUUGUUGUGGGUGUUCCAAGUGAAAUGACAACUAGGCAACUCUAAUUAAAAUGAUCAAAAUUGUCUGUUUUUAGAAUUGGGAUAAGGCGGAAAUUAAUUUUCUGCCUCUUGAUCUUCUGAGGUGUGAAUUUUCCAGAAAAACUGGCUAAUAAGAAAUGUAUGUGUGCUGGGAGGGUAACUUGCCUUAAAAUGUCCCAUCUGCAGGAAUAAGCUCUUUGCGUGUGGGUGGGGGGAACGUGCGUGCACUACAGCCUGCCUAAGCAUAGUUUCAAGUGGCAUGUGGUGAACCUCGUUUGUGACCUUCUCUGCAUGCAACUGACUGACACCAUGAUACUCUUUCCUGCAUCUUGCCUCAUGGAAAAGUAACAGCCUGUAACCCUAUUCAGACAUUAUGUUGUACGAGUGUACAGAUGUCUAUACACUCAUACAUGUGUUUGUGUGAAUAACUGUACCUGUGUGCAGAACUGUACUUGUGUACACUGUACACCCAUUGUACAAGUGUUGAACAUAACGUGUGAAUAGGGCUCAUGUCUGUCCAUUUCAUGAACACCAGCCCCCUCCUCCUCUCUUGUGUUCCAGCUGCCUUUCAUUGCUGGAAAUGUUCUUAACCACUGCCAUUGAGUCUUCCUAGCCGCCUUUGAUAUGCAUUUUCAUAACUCUUAAUAACUGUACAAACACACAUGGUUUGCUUUGACCUAAAGCUUCAUUUGUGGUGAUAAUCCUCUUGGGAUGUAUUUCUGAUAAUAUUUUGCCAUGGAAGAGGAUUAGUUUGAAAGUGUUCUGGAGUGCUUUUACAGGAAGCUAGAAUGUCCUAGGUUUUCUUUUUUUUAAAUUCAGUAACUUGUAUGAAGGAAUUCUAUAUAAUGCCUGAUAUAAUUUGUAAAUGGGAAGUAUUGCUAACAUUUCAAAGCAUCCAGACUUUAUUUUUCUCUCUUUAGUUUGUUUAUUUUAUUUUAAAACAUUGGGACUUGGGGCAGACUAUUUAUUAGAGUUUUGCAACAGAGUUCUUGUAUGAAGCCUCUCAAAGGCUACUUGUAAAAAGAAUUGACAAUAAAAUUCAUUUUAAAGGCUCUUCUAAAACAA